UCGACACAGGUACAAGAGGCUCAUCAGAUAGAGAGAGGCGCGUGAAGCAGAUCGACGGCAUGGCUUUCUAGGGCUGCGCGGAUCUCGAAGCGAACAAGCGUGUUUUGCACGCUGCAACAAAACCCGCAUCAUGGAGUCGCCUUUUGCCGCCACCACCAUCCCUGCCUGCAGGAGCCAAGCUACUCCUUGCCUACUGCAACCCAAUCCUGCACUGAACGUUAGCAAUUGCCUCUACCAUGUCCCUGCUGGCAGCGCUGACCCUGGACCUGACCAUGAUCCCAGCUAGCACCAUGUCCUGCAGGCCGGAGCCGCUCAAGCACCGGCUGCCCCACGCCGGUCACUGUGAGCUGCUAGCCGGACCUGUGGAUGAGGGCUUUGCCCUCAGCAUGAAUCGCCCACUAUUGCCAGGCGAUGGCUUCUCAGACUGGAUGACGGAGCGCACAGACCUGACCACGCUCCUGAGUGUGUCAGGGGAGCCCUUGCCGCUCUCAUUGCCCUCCCCUCCUGCUCUGGACCUGGAGGCCAUGGCCUCAUUGCUCAAGAAAGAGCUGGAGCAGAUGGAGGAUUAUUUCUUGGAGGAGUCACUCUCACCAGAACAGGUAGCACCUAGCACCCCUCCCUCUGAUGGGAACUUCCACUUCCCCUUUGGUGAUGGCUUACAGCCCCUGGGCCACCAUGGUACACCUGCCCCUUUGCAGACCUUGGAUUCAAGCUGCUUAGAGUUGCUGGAGCUGUAUGGUGGAGAUGUACCUGCUGAGCUCCCCCUGCAAGGCAAUGGUGUACAUGUGCCAGUACAGCGGCCGCCUGUUCUAGCACCCAAGGGAGACCGGCGCCAGAAGAAGCGAGACCAGAACAAGACAGCAGCCUUGCGCUACCGUCAGCGUAAACGGGCUGAACAUGAGGCACUGGGGGAUGAAUGCCAGGUCUUGGAAGUGCGCAACCGUGAGCUUCGUGAGAAAGCAGAAUCUAUUGAGAGAGAGAUCCAGUAUGUCAAGGACCUGCUCAUUGAAGUCUACAAGGCGCGAAGUCAGCGCCUCCGCACCACCCCCUAGAAGCAGAGAGCUGCACCUAAAUUACCUCUCCCCCUCCCUCCC